AUGGCACCCAAUUCUAGUAUUGUGUGUUGUGCUUCACACAGCUUUGUGUGUGUGUGUGUGUGUGUUUCAGGCCGUGUGGUCAGCGGCGAGUGUCAGGGUGAGAUGAUGGACUACAGGCGGAUGCUGAUGGAGGAUUUCUCUCUGAGCCCUGAGAUUGUGCUGCAGUGUCGCAGUGAGAUCGAGGGUCAUUGCUCUGGUCUGCACCGCAAAGGGCGAACGCUGCACUGCCUGAUGAGGGUGGCCAGGGGGGACAUGGGAGCAAUCGACCCCAAAUGUCAGAAGGCGCUCCAGACUCUGAUCCAGGAAGUCGACCCUGGAGCUGACUACCGCAUCGACCGAGCGCUUAAUGAAGCCUGUGAGUCCGUCAUCCAGACCGCCUGCAAACACAUCCGCAACGGAGACCCCAUGAUCCUGUCGUGUCUGAUGGAGCAUCUGUACACUGAGAAGAUGGUGGAGGACUGUGAGCACAGGCUGCUGGAGCUGCAGUACUUCAUCGCUCGAGACUGGAAGUUAGGCCUUGUGCGGUGCUCACACUGCACAGGUGACGACAAGUGCACCUGUAAUACCGUCCUGCUAAACACCGAUCUGAUCUCGCUGUGCGCUUUGUGCUUUUUCUGCCCUCAGGAUAUUCAGAUCAAGGCACUGCUGAUGAGAACCUGUGAUCCCGUCAUCCAGGCCUACUGUCACGAGGUGGCCAAUAAUCAGAUCGACACCGGAGAUCUGAUGGCGUGUUUAGUUCAGAACAAGCACCAGAAGGAGAUGAAUGAGAAAUGUGCGGUGGGAGUGACACACUUCCAGCUGAUUCAAAUCAAGGAUUUCCGUUUCUCCUACAAGUUCAAGACAGCCUGCAAAGAAGAUGUUCUCAAGCUGUGUCCCAACAUCAAGAAGAAGGUGGAUGUGGUGAUCUGCCUCAGCACCACGGUGAGGAACGACACACUGCAGGACGUCAAGGAGCAGCGAGUGUCCGUCGGAUGUCGUAAACAGCUGCGUGUGGAGGAGGUGGAGAUGGUACGUUCACCAACACACACUGUCACUCGUUUCGGAAACAAAGCAGAUCGGAUGUACAGAAAACAGUUUGGCGGGAAAGUCAUUAAAUGGAGAUGUGAGUCACUGACAGUCAGAUCUCUGCAGGUCAUCGAGUGUCUGAAGGAGCAUAAGAAGCAGCUGACUCCGCGUUGCCACCAGCGGAUCUUCAAGUUGCAGGAGGUGGAGAUGGUUGAUCCUGAACUGGACUACCAGCUGAUGAGAGUCUGCCAGGAUAUGAUCAGGCGUUUCUGCACGGAGUCCGAGGGGAAGAAUGUUCUGCAGUGUCUGAAGCAGAACAAGAACAGCGAGCUGAUGGAUCCCAAGUGCAAGCAGAUGAUCACCAAGAGACAAAUCACCCAGAACACAGACUACAGGCUGAACCCAGUGCUGAAGAAAGCCUGUAAAGCCGACAUCCCAAAAUUCUGCCAGUCCAUCCUGAACAAGGCGACGACCGACACCGAGCUGGAGGGUCAGGUCAUCUCCUGCCUCAAACUCAAAUACGCCGACCAGCGCUUGUCGCCCGACUGUGAGGAUCAGAUCCGCAUCAUCCUGCAGGAGUCGGCCCUGGACUACAGGCUGGACCCUCAGCUGCAGAUCCAAUGCACACAGGAGAUCCCUCGGCUGUGUCCGGAGGAGGCCGCAGCUCAGGAGCAGACGGGGCAGGUGGAGGAGUGUCUCAAGGUGAACCUGCUGAAGAUCAAACAGGAAGGAUGUAAGAAGGAGGUGUUGAACAUGCUGAAGGAGAGUAAAGCGGACAUCUUCGUCGAUCCUGUCCUUCACACUGCCUGCGCUCUGGACAUCAAACACCACUGCGCUGCCAUCCCACCUGGCAGGGGGCGCCAGAUGUCGUGCCUGAUGGAGGCGCUGCAGGACAAACGUGUUCGUCUGCAACCAGAGUGCAAGAAGAGACUUCAGGAUCGCAUCGAGAUGUGGAGCUACGCUGCCAAGGUGGCUCCCACCGAUAGUUUCUCAGACCUGGCCAUGCAGGUGAUGACAUCACCAUCCAAGAACUACAUCAUGACUGUGAUUGGUGCAGGGGUGGCCCUGCUCUUCCUGAUAGGGCUGUUCUGUGGCAGAUUCACCAAACGUGUCACUCAGCAGCUGAAGGACAGGUAGACCACGCCCAUGGAGGGUCUAGACACGCCCACAGAAGAAAAGACCACCACUAAAAAAAAGACCUCCCACCUCAUUUACCCCUCUGAUGCCCCCAAAACUCCACCUGCCUUCUCAAUUUGCCACUUUGGGUUUUCUCCCCUUGUUUCAUUUUCAAACACUCCUGCUCAUUUUUACUCUUUCAUGUGACCUCGCAUACAAUCGAAAGUAAAAGUGGGUGUGAUCAGUGACUCGUGUGCUCUGCAGCUGCAUGAGCCACAACCACUGCCACCUUUACUUCUCCACUCCUGAGCUUGGACAUAGAGCGCUGAUCCACCUGCGGUUUUACCUGCCUGUUAAUGCGCUGCAUUUUAUCGAGUGUAAAUGUGUAGGAAGUGGGUGGGGAACCCCUCGUGUAUGUGGCAGGAUAAUGACUCCAGUAUUUUAUUCAAUUGAGUGCGCGAGCGUUGGCCUGAAAGCAUUUUUGUGUGAUCCUAAUUGUCUGUGUAUCUCCAUAUGACUGAUUUGUUCUCUGUUUCAAUGGUUUUUGGGGAUUGUUUGGCUCUGGAAUUUUUUUUUUUUUUCUGAGUGUUAGAUUUAUUGCCAUGGGACUGCCAGGUGGGCGGUGCCAACCAGCCAGCCCUCCACCGAACCACAGAGGAGAUGGGAGGGGACAUCUCGCAAAGCUCUUCCUGCUACAGGAAGUAUAGUGGUUAUUUUUUUUUCUUUUUGAAAAGACAGACCUUGGAACUUCACCUCUCUUCUAAUGCAGUCUGGUUUUUGGUUUUCCCACCCCAACCUGUGCCAUAAACACACGACAUCCACCUGAUGCUCCCAGGGUAGCCGAUUUCUCUGUCAGGGCGGUUGGGAAGAUAGUGUGACAUCACACUGUGGCUGGGUUCCACCACACCGCAGUCACGAGCAAUCCCAGUCCAAACCUGGACUGGUGGAGCAGUGAGACUGGGAGAACUGGCUUGUCUUUUUGCAAACUUGCUGAGUGGCUGUCUGUUUCACGCUGGUUGGUACAGAAAAGCUGAGAGCAAUGCAGGAAACGGAGUAAAAAAUAAAACUAGAUUUAUAGAGAUGUGAACAAUUUUGUGUACAGAUACUGGAAUCAUUGCACAUUUUUUUCCUUUUUGAUAUCUUCAAAUAUAUAUAUAUUGUUUGUCACAACCUUUAUUUAUUUGUUUACUAAUGGUCAGUUUUUCUAUGAUUUCAAUGUCCUCUGGUUGCCUUUUCUCCUUCCUGCAGGGGGGUGCAGGCGGCGAAGGUUCUGCCUCGACCUGCCCCAGCAGUUGGCUGACUUUUCAUGUAGGACAGUGAACGCCUCUUUAACAGGCAGAGUGAUGGUGAAGACAGCAGCUGUCAAACACUGUGCUUAGUGACUCCACAGCAUCGGAGGCAGAACAGGCGAGUGUGACAAAUGUGAAAAGAUGUCGUUUUUGGAAUCAGCAUUUUUGGGGUGACCACACAGUGGGGGUGACCACUAGGUAUCCAGCAGGUCUCUGCUGCUGGAUUCAUUGUGUCCGCGUUGUUGUGUCCUCCAGCUUUUUGGUCUCUGUUGAAAGACGGAAAACGACUUGUCUUGUUGCACCUGAACAACUUCGCUGCCUGUGAAAACACGGCCUCUCCUCUCCCGGCUCGGUCCAGCCCUGUAUGUGUGUACUAUACUGAGUGAUGAUACUAUAAACUCCGUAGUGUGCGAUUAGCCUGUACUGUUCAUUCCUUUGACUGCUGAAGCUUGGUUUGGUGAGAGCUGCCCUCCCUGCUUGUAAAUGAGACACUGAUUCAUUGAAGCGCUUUUGCUCUUCUGCCCAUCUGAUGUCUUUUGUUCAACUCCGCCUGCUCCCCGUCCCACCGAGGGAUCUGCUGUCCUGAACAUCCCUGCGGCUUGUGGGCACGUCAGUGUGUGGUGGAUGGCGUGUCUGUAGCUGUGUGUGCUGCCCAGAGGUCACACAGUGUCUCCAGCAGCUCCUCCUCGUCCCAGGCCAUGAUGAUUUAAAGUUUGUGAUGAUAACACUGUUUUCUGUCUGAAUCCAUGGAGCUUCUGAUCAUCUGGUUUGUUUCCCCCAAUUUUUUUUUUUUUUUUAAUUUUUUGUUGUUCUGUACAGGAAAUUGGGCAGUUUAA